AUGCAAUGGCUGCCGACGCUCACUUUAAACUACUACUACCGAUUUCACUCUACGCAGCCCGCGUCGAAUGCAAAGCAGGACUUAAGCAACGAUUCCUCAGUCAGGUCCCAUUUGGAACUAGCUAAACUCAUCAAGAAGGACAUGAAAGAAAAAGAGAACAAAGAAAUCCUGAAGCUGGACAAAAAGACAUUUGCCGAAAACAUGAAGACCAUUGGACGAAUAUUGAAGCUCGGGAAACCUGAUUGGAAAUUGUUUCUCCUCGCGAUAGCGUUCAUCCUAUGCGCCGUGCUCUACCCCACGGCAGCCGUGAAACUCGUGGGCGCCGUGCUUGAUGCAUUCAACAACCAGCUGAAAGACGCUGAUGGCGAUUUGGUCGUGUGGGGCCACAAAUUGACCACGGUGUUUGCAUUCAUGGUUCCAUUCAUGUGUCUCAGUGCUGUAUGCUUCUGGGCUCGUAUAUGGGUGUUGAAAGUGUUGGGCGAGAGACUUGUGGCUAGAUUAAGAGCCCAAGUGAUGAAAAGCUUGCUACGCCACGAUGCGAGAUUCUACGACAAUGACAAGAACAAAGUGGGCGAUUUAAUCAGUCGAUUAUCGAGCGAUGCCUACGUGGUGAGCAAAUCAAUAACUGGUAAUUUGCCAGAUGGAUUAAAGAAUCUACUAUUUGGAAUCAUCAGCUCGUACAUGAUGUACUCAAUAAACCCAAUGUUGUUCUUGGUCAUGUUGUGCAUCUCGCCUCCAAUCACAUUCGGCUCCGUCUGGUAUGGCGAAAAGAUCCGGAAACUAUCCACCAAGUUGCAAAACGCCACUGCCGGAUUGACCAAAGUCAGCGAAGAAACACUCAACUCAGUCAGGCUCGUCAAGGCCUUCACUGGUGAACAAAAGGAACUUGAAAAAUACAGCGCAAGGCUAAGAAAAGUAGUGGGCGUUGCGAAGCAAGAAGCAUUGGCACAGUCCAACUACGCCGUGAGCAUCUACACCUUGUACCACGUUGGGUAUCUCCUGUGCAUAGCCAUCGGUGUCUACUUGAUGAUGAAAGGCACCAUGACUGCGGGUGAUGUCGUUGCAUUUUCGAUGUACCUGGAGUUCUUCAACCUGGCCCUUUACAGUCUCACCACGACUUACCUCGAGCUCAUGAAAGGUGCCGGUGCCGGGAUCAAAUUGUUUGACUUGAUGGACUACAAAUCGGACGUGCCUCCAAUCCAGGGCGCCAAAACGCGCCACUUGCCCAACGAGAUCGAGUUCCGCAACGUGACUUUUGCUUACCCGACUCGCCCUACCGAUUUUGUCUUUAACGAUUGCAGCUUUAGCAUCAAGAGCUCAACUUCAACAUGUAUCGUUGCACCUUCAGGUGCAGGAAAGUCUACCGUGGCUUCCUUACUUCUCCGCUCGUAUAAUAUCCAGCUGGGCGAGAUCCUAAUUGGGGGCCGCAACAUUGACCAAAUCCAAGUACGAGACUUGCGUCGUCACAUCAUCGGAAUAGUCCAACAGGAACCAGUGCUUCUAAGCGGCACCAUCCUCGAGAAUAUCGUUUACGGCUUGACCUCGCAACAAAUCCGCCAUUUGACAAUGCAAGAUGUUAUCGCCGUUUGCAAACAAGCAAAUUGCCAUGACUUUAUCGAGUCGUUCCCCGAGAAAUACGACACCAUCAUUGGACCUCGCGGCGCGUCGCUCUCGGGAGGCCAAAAACAACGUAUCGCAAUAGCACGAGCAUUGAUUAAACACCCGCAUAUCCUAAUCUUGGACGAAGCUACUUCGGCACUAGAUUCAAAAUCCGAAGCUCUCAUCAAUGAGACGUUACGGAGUCUCACUUCGCAGGGCAAGAUGACCAUCGUCUCAAUAGCACAUAGAUUAUCGACUAUUUCCAAGUCUGAGUUUGUGGUGGUGUUGGGCAAGAAUGGUAAAGUGGUGGAGCACGGCAGGUUUGUUGAAUUGUUCAGUAACCCCAAUUCGGAACUAUCGAAACUAUUAGACGAAUCCGCAAAUAGACAAGAUGAAGACGCAGUAGACGAAGAUGAAGCUGAAGAAAUCGAGCAGGCAAACUAUCAUGCUCAUGAAUUGGAAAGACAGCAGCGGCAACUGGGCGAGUUGCUGCAUUUGCGUGAAAUGAUUGACUCGUUGCCUCAUGAAUUGCGUUCGCAGUUGAUCGAGGAGAUCACGGAGGAUACUGCGGAGAAAGUCGAGAGACUCGAUUCGACUUUAGACAAGGAUCUAAAGCGGUGA